AUGUCUCAAAGAACUGGAUAUUCGGACAGAGUACUAACUAAUAGGAAAACACAAGGAACGUUAGGUAAGCGAUAUAAUAAGAAAAGUGCAUAUUCUGAUCAUUUUGAAAGUCAAGAUAUUUGGAAGAACCUUGAAAGAAUAAGACAUUCAAAUCAUCUCGCAGGGAAAACUAUAAAAAAUAGUUAUAUAUGUCUUCUACUUCAGAAAAAACUUGAUAUAACGUUACUCACUAAUUGUGUCGAUGAGCUGCAUAAAUAUAUCGAACAUGAUACUUUGGAGUUGCAAAAACAGAAUGAAUCAACAGCUAUAUUAAUUUUGAAAAACUUUAGUAUUUUGGAUUGUUGUCUCACAAUAAGUGUCAUAUCAAAUUUAACUUCUGGUAGGUCGCUUAGUUCGUUAAGUAAAUCAUAUUUUACUGUCCCAAAUGAUAUUGAACUAAAUUGUACUUUGUUUUUCUUUUCCAAUUUUAAACAUUCUAAAAGUCGACUAAGAUAUAGCAAAGAGAAUAUCGAUUUUAGAGUAUCAAUAGCACCAUUUGGCUUGGUCCAGAAAAUUAGCGAAGUCCAUAUUUCAACUAGUGCAGGUAAAACUUUGUCACAUUUUAUGCAAGGAUUGGCGAACUUUAUAUCAGAAAUAAAAUUUGGGAAACAUCCUCAAAGGAUUGACAGAUAUAUUACAACACGUCUGGCUAAUUACAGAAAAAUAUUAAUCCUUAAUAUGUCAGGGCUAAGAUUCCCUGAACAUGAUAUGUUUGAUCCUACGGAACUAGAGAAAAAUAGACAACUUUUGACACGAUCUCAAGAGAGUCUUUCUGAAUACAAAGUUAAUAUUCAGAAGUAUAAAAAAUCACUUGUAUCGACCUCUAUAGAAACAAAAGCUGGGAAUACCGCCAAUGCUGAGCCAAGUCAGAAUGUUAAUGCUCACUCUAUGGCACAAUCUAAUGGCAGUAUCAGAUUCGAUUUAAAGAAUGAGAAUAACAACAUUGAUCAUACCCAGGUUACAACGACCACCUACCAAGCAUUCCCGGAAAAACGUGGAUUUCUCUCUCAAGAUCAAAUCAAAGAGCACUGUAUAGCCAAUAUAUCCGCGUCAAGGGAUGUUGUAAAGAAUAAAGAUGGCAAUGAGAUUUUCAAGAUGUAUAUAAGGAUACCAAAACUGAAAUAUAUCGAUAUGAUAUACCAAAAUCUCAAUGACCUUAGAAAUCAAACUAAUUGUAACAUUGUGGUGUUGAAUUUAAAUAAUUUGGCAGAAUCAGAACCUUGGCUUGCAUCAUUAGAUUUAGCCAAGUAUACAUCUGUAACACAACCUCCUCAUCCAAGUACAGUGAGAGUUGUUAGUAUCGGAGGUGUUAGUGAAUACAUCCUCAACAGUUUAGAUUUGAUUUCAGGCAUUAUGAAAUCCUAA